UGGGCUUCCCUGUCACAGCCCCUCUGUAUCAGCGUCUGGGGACCUCCUUGGGGCGAGGCCACCGGGCAGCCUUGCUCUCCUCAGCUGCACCCCCCUCAGCUGCGCCCGAUGGCAGGGCACGCUGUGUGUCCACUUCCUCCCACUGACCCCAGACUCCCGUCGCACCCCCACCCCCAGGGAGGCCUGGCUGGCCCAAAGCCCUCUCUGCUGCCCUGUUCACUGGCGCCGUGGGGUGAAGGCUGGAGGAUCCUGGGGCCUGGUUCCCUCCUCUGAGGAUUUGUCACCAUGGCAGCCCCUCUCCCUGAGCCUUGCCACACGUGUCUUCCCAGGCAGCUGGAGGACUUUAACUCACGCUGUCUCACGUGACCGUCACCACAGCCCAGAGGUCGACAGCCCUACGUGGUCUAACAGAGGGGACACUGAGCUCAGAUGGGUGAAGUGACGUGUCCGGGGGCCCCAGCUAGCGAGUGGCAGAGCUGGGAUUCGAACCUCGCCCGCGUGACCUGCAGCUCACACUCCUAAUCCCAAGCAGCCACUGCAUCACAUCGUCCCCAAGGGAGUGCGGCCGGUGACCCCGCUGGGUAGGGAGGAAGGCCCUGCCCCCGAAGCCCCUAGUAAACAGGCUCUUCCUCCUCCUCCGUAGGGAGAAGAAGUGGGUGACCGUGGGUGACACAUCCCUGCGAAUCUACAAGUGGGUCCCUGUGACGGAGCCAAAGGUCGAUGAUAAAAACAAGAACAAGAAGAAGAGCAAGGAUGAGAAGUGUGGCUCGGAGGUGACCACGCCAGAGAACAGCUCCUCCCCGGGGAUGAUGGACAUGCACGACGACAACAGCAACCAGAGCUCCAUCGCGGACGCCUCCCCCAUCAAACAAGAGAACAGCAGCAACUCCAGCCCAGCCCCAGAGCCCACCCCGUCCGCGCCCGGCGACGGCACCGACGGCAAGGCCGACGAGGCCCAGGCUGAGGGGAAGGAGCUGCCCGGGGCUGAAGACGCUUCCGACGAGCCGAAUUCACAGUCUCCAGCGGAAAACUCGAUGAGCAGUGCAGAGAACGUCGAGCGGCAGCCGCCUGGAGACGCGGGGCCAGGGGCAGAGACGUCCUCAGUCUCUCAGGUACCUCGCUCGAGGUCUCAGAGGGGCAGCCAGAUCGGCCGGGAGCCCGUUGGGGUGUCGGGGGAUUCGGAAGGAGGGCCGCCCUCGAAAAAGAUGAAACUGGAGACUUCGCAGCAGAACUCCGAAGAGAUGUAGACGCCCGGUGCCCUGUCCGGUCCUCGUUUCGCGGGAGAGCCAUCAGCUGGCUUCGUUCCACACCUGCCCCCGAGCCAGCCCUCGGGUCGGAACUGCUCACUUUCCAAGUUUACCAAGUGCGAAUCCAAGAAGACGUAGGACGGCGUGACUCCUCAGACACUGAAGGACUUUCUGCUGUGAAGCAAAAACACUCGCGUCUCGAAGCGACUGUCCUUGCGGAGGCGGGUGGACAGCUCAGGAGUGUCUGCACACUGUCUCUGAAGCCAAGAUUUGCGUUUGCGUUGCUGCUGUAUUGUUCCCCCACCCCCACCCCCCACUUCUCUAUUUAAUGAUAUAAGCUAUUCGAAGGUGGCGCCCAUCAGGAAUUCGCUUCUCGUCGGGGCUUGUCACUAUUCCACCGAUCCCUCCCGCUUUCUUUUUUUGUGCCUUGUGCCCUUGAGGUGACCUCUGGCAUGUUCUCCCGGUUGUUUUGCGUCUCCCUUUGCAAAGUGCCCUCUCAGUUCUGCGGAGGUGGCCACGGCUCCAGCCCUCGCAUCUCGCUCCUCCCUGCCCUGGGACUUCAACGGGAACAGAGCAGGCAGGGAGGAAAAGAGCCAGAGGCUGCGGAAGAGCAGGACCUCCUCGGCUGCCUGACUUCUAGGUGUGGGGGGUCUUGGGCACACCCUGAGCCCUGGCCGGGGGCAGCACCAGCCUCCAGGGUCCGGGGAUUCUCCGAUGUCAGGCCACUGUCCCCAAGCACUGGCUACUCGAUAUGCUCUCACUUCCUCAGGGCAUCUGAGCCUGGUGUUCCCAAGCGGGCCCAGACGGACACGCGGAGCCCUGAGAUGGUUCGGGCACUUCCACCGUCCGUGCCCCCCAUCCCGCUGUCUCCCAUGCCUCCGAAGACAAAGCGGCUUCUGUGGCUGACUGCGGGGUUGUCUCCUGAAGACGAAGGAACGGCCAAGGGAGGCCGGGAGCAGACGGCGGGGACGGGCGGUGCUGCCUUUUCAUAGGACAGGACGUUGCUUGGGUUUCGAUCCCACAGGGACCCGCUGCCCUCUGCCUCCCCAGGUCCCCCGGCCGCUCCCCCGGGGGAGGCAAGGUGACAGUCCCCAUAAUCCACUUGCUCCUGCAUAACGUCCUGACGCACGAGCCAGCUGCUGGAUCCUGUCUCAUUCCCAGGACGUGCCCCUCGGUCCCUGCCAGGGAACGGGCCUCUAUGGUGGGGCCUCGAAGGCCGGGAGGGAGGCCCCGUGGGGUCGGAAAGCUUUGCCCCCGUCCGGGAAGGGGUGCCGGCGUCCCCACCUGCCUGGGGCAGCUUCCGCUCACUAACAUGGACCAACUGCCUGACUGUCCAGCUCCGAGGCUUGGUGGCUCUUAGUUCCUUACAGACGCUUUUCCUGAGCUUUCUUUACUGCACUGGAGUUCCAACUCUCUUCGAGUUGUGUAUGGUGGGGGGGAGAGGGUGUGGGUUCCGUUGGUCUUUUUCUGUUCUUGUUGUUUUUUUAUGUUUAUUAUUAUUAUUAAUUAUUUUGCUAAUCGGUGCAUAUUCAGGUACCACCUUUGACUGUGGAUCUCUCUCUCUCGACCACCGUGGGAAGUGUCUGCCAGGUUCAGUUUUUAGGGUUUUCCGAGGGUGUGGCUCUUUACCUUUUUGUUCUCUUUAAGGGAGCCAAUCUAUUUCCUGCACUUCAAGAAGAAUCAAAAUGUUCCUGAAUUUCAAAUACCUCACGCAAAAAUGUCUCCUGAAAUAAGGGAAAACAAACAAACGAACUUUGGAAAUCUUAAUGUCGAAGUUAGUAAUGCCUGAGAAAAGUUUCUGUCUUCAACAACAACAACAACAACAACACCACACAAACACCCUGAUGAGCUUUGCCCUCAGGCGGUCGGUUUGUGGAGAACUGGGCUCUGCAGUUACCUCUCAGCGAACCUCAAGGCGGCUUUACCUCCAGCUCCUGUAGAGUUAACAACGCUUUUCUUCGCAGCAAAACUCCAUGUUGAUGGAAGAUGAAUUCCGACGUUUAUUUCCUGCUCUGCUCUUUUUUGGGAAACGAGAGGCGACAACCAAGACAGUACACACUUA